AGUUAUUCUUUUGUGUGAAAGAGCUAAUUUCGAACCACAGGGCCACAGUAGUUUUACACUCAGGUGGAUGAGGCGAAAAGAUUUUGAUCCGGCAAACAGAUUGCUGGUCAGAUUCCACGGGGAGGCUGGAAUUGAUGAAGGGGGGGUUGCAAAGGAGUUUUUGCAACUACUGCUGCCAGCCAUUAUAAAUGCUGGAAUUUUGAUUGGUGAGCAGGGGAAACUGACUGUGUCUAGCAGUACGCUCAUGCUGCAAGAGCGGCUGUACUUUUAUGCAGGCCAGUUGGAGAAAAGUGACUCCGCACUAUUGACGGAUAAUCUAACAGAGAUUGCGGGUACUAUUGGAUUUACUAACGUUUUGAAACUGGAAACAAAAUCGAACUUCCUUCGCACAGCUGCCCUCCAUUAUACUGUCAUUAGAAAUCGGGCUCAGUUAGAGCAAUUCCUCGACGGAAUGAAAGUUCUGGGGCUGAAUAGGAUUUUCGAACAGUGUCCAGGCACAGCAAAACAGAUCUUCUGUGGAGGAAACAAAUGUGCCACAGCAGAUGACGUAUAUAAUCUGUUCACCAUUGAAUAUAGUGAGGAGGGCUGUAACAACCGAAAAUUAGAAGACGAUGUGAUGAUGUCCUUCCUGUUCUUCCUUGCUGACUGCAAGAGUGGCAACCUAGCCUGCAGUCUUGAAGACUUCCUCCAGUUCCUUAGUGGACUCCGAUCGAUACCACCGGGUGGGUUCGACAUUCCACCAAGAAUCACAUUCACCAACGAUAAGAGGCUUCCAUCAGUAUCAACAUGCGCUUUAGAGCUCAAACUGUGCCGAUGUGAAGCUGACUUCUCAGAGAGAAUGGUUCUUGGGGUUCUGGGUGCCCCAGAUUUUGGAUUGGCAUAGUUUGGUUGUUAGCUCACCUGUGAACUGAUACAAUACUGCAGUGUUCGUCGUCUGUCAUUGUCUCCAUUUUGUUACAGCUGGGAAUAUCGAAUUGAAAUUUUUACAUAUGUACCACUAGGUGACCUCGGUGACCACAUUUCGAUCAGAUUCAAUUCAUGGCCUUUUAAAUGAUUUUCCCAGAAAUGCAGUAUACUAGUAUUCAAAAGGACAUAUUGUUGUGCAUCAUGAUAUUUAGCAUCGAUACAUUUUACCAAUAUUUGUUUUUGUUGAUUUAUAAAAUGUCCAAAAAUCAAGUUGAAACCUUGUGAUGCUCAACCCAUUUGUGCCAAAGGAUUUUGCCAGUAUACUUUUACUGAUGAGAUGCCACUCCGCACCCUUUGAUCAUCUGACCCACGGCCUAGAUCUGUGCAAUAAGGUUGUGAGCUUAAUUCAAUAAACUUUAAUUAUACCAAAACAGUUCGAAAAAAUAAUACUUAUUUGGA